AUGUGCAAGUAUCUGUCCGAGCGGUGCAUCCGGCAAUUUGGAUACAUGCAGAUCAUUCCCAGGUCACCCUUACAAGCUGCCUAUAUCCGUAAUAUUGGUAGAGACCUGGAAGACAUUCUGGCAGAUUUUGAGAAUCAUCUAGUAUCGGUGGAGUAUAGGACUCAUGAUGCCAUAUCUCAGUGGAACUAUGUUGAGGGUUACAUGACAUGGUUCUAUAAAGUGUUACACUCUUACAUGACACAUAAUGCUCCUAGACGUCCAUCUAGGUCUGUUCACGAGGAGUUCCUGGAGAAUCAGCAAGCAUUGGACGACCAUGCCGUUGAUGUGUUGUCGCAAAGUCAAAACAUUAUGCAACUUACACGUCACAGAUUAGGAAUACACAGUAGAAUAUUUUGA